AUGGAACAGUUUAAAAAUGUUUUCCAGUCUCAAAUAAUUGAGGCGCUUGGAGCUACCGUGGAGCGAGUGCGCCCUGUUUCAAUCACUCACAAAGAUCAUUUUGUCAACAUUGCAAGAAGAAGAGCUUUAGAAGCAAAUGUAGCACCAGUAAAAAGAGAAACGAAUGACAUGCAAACUACCGGUUCAGCGCAUGCCAUUGUUAAAACGCUGCACCCCAAACAAACAAAUGGUUCAGCAUAUGCCAAUAGUGAAGUGCCACACAUUGGGAAAUGUUUUCCUAAUUCUGAUUCAAAGGGAGGUUUUUUUGCUGACCAAUUUGAGAAUUUGGCAAACUAUCGAGCCCAUUACGAGUGGACUGGUCCUGAGAUAUGGGAACAAACCAAAGGGACACUUCAUGCCUUUGUUGCUGCAGCUGGUACUGGCGGUACGGUUGCUGGAGUCUCACGAUAUCUGAAGGAAAAGAACAGAAAUGUCCGAUGCUUUUUAAUGGACCCACCUGGUUCUGGUCUGUUUAACAAGGUUACUAGAGGGGUUAUGUACACAAAAGAGGAGGCUGAGGGCAAAAGGCUUAAGAAUCCUUUCGACACUGUUACUGAAGGAAUUGGAAUCAACAGGGUCACAGCAAAUUUCACGAUGGCUGAACUAGAUGGAGCUUACCGAGGAACAGAUAGAGAAGCCGUUGAGAUGUCAAGGUUCCUGUUGAGAAAGGAUGGACUAUUCGUUGGGAGCUCUUCAGCCAUGAAUUGUGUUGGGGCUGUUAGAGUUGCCCGGGAUUUAGGUCCAGGACAUACAAUUGUCACAAUUCUGUGUGACAGUGGGAUGAGGCAUCUAAGCAAGUUCUUCAAUGAUGAAUAUUUGGCUAAUCAUGGGUUGACACCAAACGCUACUGGUUUGGAGUUUCUGGAUCAGUGAGAGCUUACAUGGAGGAAUGUAUUAUUUCAGCAAUUUUGUCAUCCUGUGAGGUCUAACUUGGCAGUGGUCAGCAGUCAGCGGGUGAACAUGCCGUAAUCAUCCCAUGUAGCAA